GCAAGUCUGUCCAUAUGGGGAUGGGGAAGCCUUGGCAUUGUCCUUUUCCUAAUAACGUUUGGACCCUUUGUAAUAUUUUAUCUGGCAUUUUAUAUCCUCUGCUUUGUGGGUGGGGGUUUAGUGGUUACUCUUCUGUUUGGAAAAACAAACUCAGAAAAGUACCUAGAGCAGUGUGAACACUCAUUUCUUCCUCCAACAUCAACUGGGGUUCCUAAGUGUUUAGAAGAAAUGAAACGGGAAGCCAGGACUAUUAAGAUUGAUAGAAGAUUGACAGGUGCCAACAUAAUUGAUGAACCUCUCCAGCAAGUUAUCCAGUUUUCCUUGAGGGAUUAUGUCCAGUAUUGGUAUUAUACACUAAGUGAUGAUGAGUCUUUUCUUCUUGAAAUUAGGCAGACUCUUCAAAAUGCACUCAUUCAAUUUGCUACUAGGUCCAAAGAAAUAGACUGGCAACCGUAUUUUACUACACGCAUUGUAGAUGAUUUUGGCACACACCUACGAGUAUUCAGAAAGGCUCAACAGAAAAUAACUCAGAAAGAUGAUCAAGUGAAAGGUACAGCUGAAGAUCUCGUAGAUACCUUCUUUGAAGUUGAAGUUGAAAUGGAAAAGGAAGUUUGUCGUGACCUAGUGUGCACUUCUCCCAAAGAUGAAGAAGGAUUCCUAAGGGAUUUGUGUGAGGUCUUGUUAUAUUUAUUGCUACCUCCUGGAGAUUUCCAGAACAAGAUCAUGCGAUACUUUGUCAGGGAAAUCCUUGCACGAGGAAUUCUUCUUCCAUUAAUAAAUCAACUCAGUGAUCCUGAUUAUAUUAAUCAAUAUGUCUUAUGGAUGAUCCGUGAUUCUAAUUGCAACUAUGAGGCAUUUAUGAACAUUAUUAAAUUGAGUGACAAUAUUGGAGAGUUAGAAGCAGUCAGAGAUAAGGCAGCAGAAGAAUUACAGUAUCUUAGAUCUUUAGAUACAGCUGGUGAUGAUAUCAACACUAUCAAAAAUCAAAUAAAUAGCUUAUUAUUUGUAAAGAAAGUAUGUGACUCAAGAAUACAACGGUUGCAGUCAGGCAAAGAAAUAAAUACUGUGAAAUUGGCAGCAAACUUUGGGAAACUUUGCACAGUCUCCCUGGACAGCAUUCUUGUAGACAAUGUUGCACUACAGUUUUUUAUGGAUUACAUGCAGCAAACUGGAGGCCAAGCACAUCUUUUCUUCUGGAUGACAGUGGAAGGAUACCGGGUUACAGCCCAGCAGCAGCUGGAAGUUUUAUCGAGUCAUCAGAGAGAUGGAAAACACCAAACCAACCAAACCAAAGGUCUUUUAAGAGCAGCUGCUGUUGGAAUUUAUGAGCAGUAUUUAUCCGAAAAGGCAUCUCCAAGAGUUACUGUUGAUGACUAUUUAGUAGCAAAAUUAGCAGAUACUUUAAAUCAUGAAGAUCCAACUCCUGAAAUAUUUGAUGACAUUCAAAGGAAGGUAUAUGAAUUGAUGCUGCGUGAUGAAAGAUUUUAUCCUUCCUUCAGACAGAAUGCACUUUAUGUACGUAUGUUAGCUGAGCUGGACAUGUUAAAAGAUCCCAGCUUCAGAGGAUCAGAUGAUGGAGAUGGAGAAUCUUUUAAUGGGUCUCCUACAGGAAGCAUAAAUUUGUCGUUAGAUGACCUUUCAAAUGUACCUUCUGAUGACUCAGUACAACUUCAUGCUUACAUUUCAGACACUGGUGUUUGUAAUGAUCAUGGCAAGACAUAUGCAUUAUAUGCCAUCACUGUCCACCGGCGCAAUCUGAAUACCGAGGAGAUGUGGAAAACCUAUCGCCGCUACAGUGACUUCCAUGACUUCCACAUGAGAAUCACUGAACAGUUCGAAAAUCUGUCAAGCAUAUUGAAGCUUCCUGGUAAAAAGACUUUUAAUAAUAUGGAUAGAGAUUUUUUAGAAAAGAGGAAAAAGGAUCUAAAUGCGUAUUUACAGUUACUGUUAACUCCUGAAAUGAUGAAAGCGUCCCCUGCUUUGGCUCACUGUGUGUAUGAUUUCCUUGAAAACAAAGCCUACAGUAAAGGGAAAGGGGACUUUGCUCGAAAGAUGGACACUUUUGUAAAUCCACUGCGCAAUUCUAUGAGAAAUGUUUCAAAUGCAGUUAAAUCCCUUCCUGAUAGCUUGGCAGAAGGAAUGACUAAAAUGUCAGACAACAUGGGCAAAAUGUCAGAAAGAUUAGGUCAAGACAUAAAGCAAUCAUUUUUCAAGGUGCCUCCCUUAAUUACAAAGACUGAUUCAGAUCCUGAACAUUGUCGAGUCUCAGCUCAACUUGACGAUAAUGUGGAUGACAAUAUUCCACUUAGGGUAAUGCUGCUUCUAAUGGAUGAAGUAUUUGACUUGAAAGAGAGAAAUCAGUGGUUGCGAAGGAAUAUCAAAAAUCUACUUCAACAGUUGAUAAGAGCUACCUAUGGUGAUACUAUUAACAGAAAAAUAGUUGACCAUGUUGAUUGGAUGACUUCACCUGAACAAGUAGCCGACUCAGUGAAACGUUUCAGAGAUGCAUUUUGGCCAAAUGGCAUUUUAGCAGAGACUGUUCCAUGCAGAGAUAAAGCUAUUCGAAUGAGAACAAGAAUUGCAGGAAAAACUAAAUUACUUGCAAUUAUGCCAGAUGAACUGAAGCACAUUAUUGGAGCUGAGACAACACGAAAAGGUAUUCUUCGUGUUUUUGAAAUGUUUCAGCACAACCAAUUAAAUAGGAGAAUGGUUUAUGUCUUCUUGGAAGGCUUUUUAGAAACCUUAUUUCCACAGUAUAAAUUCCGUGAACUUUUCAACAAACUGCAUUCACGGUCAAAGCAGAUGCAGAAAUAUAAACAGAAACUUCAAACUACUCAAGCGCCUUCUUUACAGAAAAGGUGACACUCCAAUCUAUGAAGCUGGUGUUCAUUUUGUCCAGGAUUGAUGGUAUGGACAGAUCUUCUGGGGCUUAAUUCAUAUACUGUUGGGUCUGCACCAGUCUUUUAGUGUUUCAAAAUAGAUUAUUAAUACAUCCAUAAGACUUUGGUUCUUCUCAUUCUCGUCUGUAAUCCAGCCACUACCAAGAGAGAUUUCUGUGUCUGAAAUGAUUUGGUGCAUAAUUUGCAACAUUGAGAGGAUACUGCCCCCAUCUCAUGCAAGAAUGGAGUUGGUCUCUUCCAUUUCAAACUAAUCAGCAUUCUCCAGUAAUGACAGAGUGCCAGAGUGUAUAUACGAGAGCUAAGGAAAGCACAAAAUCAUGAUUCAAAUUGACUAAUUUGUUUUAAAAGUUGGAGACGGCAAUGUACGAUUUGGAGAGAGGUUUUGCCUAAUGAUUCUGUAGGUCUGUGUCAGCAUUUUGGUAUCGUGUGGGUUAGCCAGGUGACUAAUGAUCUUUGGAACAACUGUUUCAGGUCUGGGAAAAGUGACAGAAUGCCCUUCAAGUAUGAAAUAACCUUUUUGCUCAAUUAAGGUUUUGUGACAUAAAGUAAGACAGUAUAAAAUAAAACCAAUCAAAAACUGAAUUUGGUUAGGUUUAUUAUUCAUUGGUAUAGAACAGAUUUUAACUAAUUCUUCUGUGCUAUAAGGGCUCUCUUUUGCUCUUAUGGUACUCAGUUGUCAAGUGUUCUUUUGGCAUUCUAUGUGCAAAAAGAAGCAUGUGGUAGUUCUCAUUUAAGUUUCAAAAUUACUAGUUUUAUCUUUUAACAGAUUACUGAUUAUACAGGAGGGAUUAAUUUGUUGGAAGAACUGCCAAAUACAUUCUGUUCUUCUAAAAAUAGGCAAAUUAAAAGAAAAUAUUACUCUAUUGGAAGUUACCAUAUGAUAAUUUUAAAUUGUGUGAUCUAGAUAUGCCUUAGAUAACUACAAAAAUAGCAGAUCAGAGGAUUAAUGAACUUGUUAGUCAUAUGUAAAAAUACAAAUUCUUAAUUCUAUUAUGUGUACAUAUAUAAAAAUAAAUAAUGAAAACA